AUGGGUUGCAUUCCAUAUUCCAUAUUCCAUAAGGCGCCGUAUGGAGUAUGGAGUAUGGAUAGAAAGCCUGCGUCUAGCCUUCAGCUGGGGCUCAGUCUUCCAUCGCCUUUCGGUCCCGCUUCUCGAUCGUCCCCCGAGGCCGAGAAGCACUUCUAUCUGCAGCCACGGCACACGGUUUCACCUUUCCCUCCCCGACAGGAUACUCUUCCCGCCUUCUCGCAUACCCCUGGGCCUCCUUUCACCAACCGGCCGCUACCGUCUCCUGUUUCUGACCGCCGCCAGAGGUUCUCAGCUAAGCCAGAGAUUCUUACUCAACACCGCCAUCCUGAGCAGCAGAAGCCUCCUGAGCUUCAGCAUCCUCUCAGCGGAGUGUAUGCGCAUUCUCCUCCGCCACUUCCGCAAGGCUCGAACCCACUACACUGCAAAUCCACGUGGACCACAUAUAAGUGGUCCAUCUCUAUUACAUCCACUCGUCGGCGCUCAGAUUACGUAAUAAUCCACUACACUUGGACCUGA